UUAAUUCACGUCUAAGUCAGUGUGAUUUGUGUUGUGGAAGGAGAUAGAACUGAAGUUCAGAAAUACUUAAAUUCAAAAUUAUUGCAUAAAAUAAAGACCUUCAUCAAUAUGAGAUUAAUUGUGAAGGAACACCCAAAAGUGAUAGAUCCCUCAGAAUUACUAAGACCUGAGCCAGAGUUUGCACAGAAGAGUAUAUCAAAGUUCAGAGACUAUACGAUAGACGAAAAUGAUCCAUUAAAGGAACAAGUGCGAUAUACUUACAGAUUAAUGCAUAAAAAUCAGACAGUUGAUUUUGUUAAGAAGUGCCAUAAUAAUUGGUUAGAAUUCGAUCAUGCAAGCAUGACAGUACGAGAAGCUUUGGAGAAGCUUAACGAUUUAGUCGAUGAAAGUGACCCAGACAAUGAUUUACCAAAUAUCGUUCAUGCAUUUCAAACGGCUGAGCGAGCACGUGUAGAAUUUCCUGAACACGACUGGCUGCAUUUGACUGGAUUGAUUCAUGAUCUAGGAAAGAUUAUGGCAUUUUAUGGCGAACCACAAUGGGCUGUUGUUGGCGAUACAUUUGUUGUCGGAUGCAAAUGGACGGAAAAUAUUGUCUAUCGAGAUGAGAGCUUUAACGAAAAUCCUGAUGGAAAUAAUCCCAAAUACAAUACAAAAUAUGGCAUGUACAGUCCGAAUACUGGACUUGAAAACUUAAUGAUGAGUUGGGGUCAUGAUGAAUACAUGUACAGAGUUUUAAAGCAUAACAAUUCUGCAUUGCCUGAACAAGCACUCAAUAUCAUUCGUUAUCAUUCCUUCUAUCCGUGGCAUACAUCCAAUGACUAUGAACAUUUAAUGAAACCCGAAGACGACGAAACUAAACAAUGGGUUUUAAGAUUCAAUCGAUAUGAUUUAUACACAAAAUCUUCAAUCAUCCCUGACCUAGAUGCUCUCUGGCCAUACUAUCAGAGUUUGAUUGAUAAAUACAUCCCGGGAAUCAUAGAAUGGUAGACAAGGAACUCGAUACAGCAACGAUAUUCUUUGAAUUGUAACAUUUGGCUCGUAACAUCCAUUAAUUUACUGCUUUCUGUCUUAUAUUAAAUAAAAAACAAUAAAAAAGUUAAUUGAGCGUGGGCAUUUUGAUAAUUUUUGUAAUUAUGUCACAGACUUUCAUAAUGAAAAAUAUUUUUUUCUGUACAUAGGGAUUACAUCGAAGAUGCUUUUAAGUAAUGAAGGCGAAAUGAAAGAAUAGAAAGGAAAAUUUAAUCAAUUUGUGCU